UACUCUUUCAUUUCCCUCUUUUUCUUCCUUCUCCUCUAAGCAUUUUCCCAACAACCCAUAAUAACCUCAAGUCUUCUUGGAGCUUCGCGCGCUUUCGCUGGCAAUGGCAGAUUCGCGUCCAACCACUGUUCUUGUCACUGGAGCUGGCGGCAGAACUGGUUCAAUAGUAUAUAAGAAAUUGAAGGAGAGAUCUGACGAAUAUGUUGCAAGAGGAUUGGUCACAACUCAAGAUAGCAAAGAGAAAAUUGGCGGAGCAGAGGAUGUUUUUGUUGGGGAUAUAAGGGAAGCAGAAAGCAUCACCCCAGCCUUCCAAGGAAUUGAUGCUCUCAUAAUUCUAACAAGUGCAGUGCCAAAGAUGAAGCCUGGGUUUGAUCCGUCCAAAGGUGGAAGGCCUGAGUUCUAUUAUGAAGAUGGAGCAUAUCCCGAACAGGUCGACUGGAUUGGUCAGAAGAAUCAAAUAGAUGCUGCUAAGGCUGUGGGAGUGAAGCAGAUUGUGUUGGUUGGUUCUAUGGGUGGGACGAAUCCGAAUCAUCCCUUGAACAGUUUGGGCAAUGGGAAUAUAUUGAUCUGGAAGAGAAAGGCUGAACAGUAUUUGGCUGAUUCUGGUAUUCCAUACACAAUUAUAAGGGCUGGAGGCCUGCAAGAUAAAGAAGGAGGUGUCCGGGAAUUACUUGUUGCAAAGGAUGACGUGCUUCUUCAAACAGAUACAAAAUCCAUUACAAGGUCAGAUGUUGCAGAAGUCUGCAUUCAGUAUUUUACUUCUUCCCCUCUCCUGAACAGGCAUUAGCAUUUGAGGAAGCUAAAUUUAAGGCAUUUGACUUGGCCUCUAAGCCAGAGGGAACUGGCACUCCAACAAAAGAUUUUAAGGCUCUCUUCGCCCAAGUGACUAGUCGAUUUUGAAUCUCAGUUGACCAUUGUUGCUCUGGUCUUAGAUAUUGUAUUUAUGUGUUUAACUCAAUAAAGAGUUGCUACCUGUUGAUUAGGAGAAAGAAAAUAAUAAGAGGAUACAGGGUGGAUCUAUGAUAUACAAUUUCUUAAUUGAUAAUACAAAGGGAACUCUCAAUUGACGUACUCA